UGAGCGCUGCGCUGUGGCUGUGGCGCUGUGUGCGGGGAUGAUGGCCGCUGAUGGGGCGGACGAGCGCUCGCCCCUGUUAUCAGGGAACAACUCAGAAACCAGCACACCCACAACACCGCUGUAUGUGGAGGAGCCCAGCCCGCGGGGAGAGCUCCCACCUCCUUACAGUCCAGUGGCCAGCUCUGAUGUGGGAGGAGUACCAGUAAUAAACUGCCGUGUGUGCCAGUCUCUGAUCAAUUUGGAGGGCAAGCUCCAUCAGCAUGUUGUUAAAUGCACUGUUUGUAAUGAAGCUACGCCGAUCAAAAACCCUCCAUCAGGAAAGAAGUAUGUACGAUGCCCUUGUAACUGUCUUCUUAUCUGUAAGGACACCUCACGGCGUAUAGGAUGUCCAAGACCUAACUGUAGACGUAUAAUUAACUUGGGCCCGUUGUUGAUGAUCCCAGAAGAGCAGCCAGCCCAGCCUGCCCUGCCUUCGCAGCCUGAAGGUACGCGAGUGGUGUGUGGACACUGUGGGAAUACUUUUCUGUGGAUGGAAGUUAGGUUCAACACUCUGGCAAAAUGCCCACACUGCAAAAGAAUAUCGUCUGUUGGUAGUGCACUGCCACGAAGACGGUGCUGUGCUUAUGUAACUGUUGGAAUGAUCUGUAUCUUCAUUGGAGUUGGUUUAACUGUUGGAACCCAAGAGUUUGCCAGACGAUACAGUGCAACAUACGUUUCCUGGGUUUUUGCUUAUCUUCUCGGCUUGAUCUGUCUAUUCCGAGCUUGUUACUGGGGAGCCAUAAAAGUUAGCUAUCCUGAGCACAGCUUUGCGUAGAUAAAUCUUUCAUCCAUUGCAGAAGAUGUGUUGAUCUGCAAAUCUUUGAUACCGAGAGAAUGGACAAUGUCAAGUUAUUCUGUAUUAACUUCAUAGACUGAUUAGACCCAAAGAGGAUGCUCAUGUCAGAACAUACGCACAUUGCACUACAGUUUUAUGCAAGUAAACCUUUUUUGUUGUUGCUAGGUUGUCAUGUUCUUACUGCAGGUGCUGCAUUUACUUUCUGUAAGCUGUUUGUAAAUCUCUCCAAUUUGCCUUAGUUACUUAUAAUCAUGGAAUGCUGUAUUGAAUUUCCUGCUGUUUUAAGUGUUCACUUUAGCUGCUGUUAUAUUGCAGAAGUACAACAGAAUAUGGCAAAACAAACUGGCUUCAUAAACAUUAAAAUAUUUCCAUAUUUGUUUGAUACUUUUAUUUGCUCUCAUAACUUGUAAUAAAAUGUUGACAACGCUGCCUGCAUCAUAGCGAAGCAAUAAAAACAGUCUAUUUGUUGUAUUUCACAUUAUUUCAUACUUUCGAAUUGUUUGCUUUCUAUGAAGUUUUUUUUAAAUGCAAAAGGUGUGAUUGUCAUAAAGUAUUAUGGUGACAACAGUGAUACAUGACUGAUUGGGUCAUGUUUGUCUCAUUGUGCAACUAUCUAUUAUGUGUAUUAUAAUAAAUUUGACAAUAACCAAGUAGGAAAAAACAUGGAAAAGUUGUAGUUUUUAUCAUAAAAUAAAUUAAUUUAACAAAGAAUUGAGAUAGAAAUGUCAGAAAUGUUUGUACCAAAAUACUUACAGAUCCAGUGAAGUAAGUUGCAUUGUCAAGAGGGAUCCAUUUUUUAAAAUAAUGAUAAUGGUAGAAAUUAUUCUACAAAUAAAGUAUCUAAA